CUGUAAUUCACGGGGGAAACGGCUUGCCACAGAUUGAGCUCCGUGAUCCGUUCAGAUCCAUGCAGAAUAUUCUGAGCUGCUACUACACUGUCCGACAUAUCAUUGUACACAGCGCGGAGAUAUUACAUGCACAUCAACAGAGAGCAUAAGGAAGGCACCGACAGGACGGCAGAGGGGGUUCGUGACGUCAUCGGAGCGCUGGAGAAGCCUCGGGAGGAAAGUACACGCAGAGCAGCACAGACCGAAUCUCCCACAGCACCCUGUACAUCACCACAGCACCCUGUACAUCACCACAGCACCCUGCCUGUCUGCCUGCCACUGGAUCUAUCACAGCCUGCAUGGCACUCUGAUGCGACUGUGGAGGAAACAAACUGGGAUUUGGAAUGGAACUGCAGUUCUCUAAGAAUGGAACGUCCUGCGUGGAGCCGGGUGGGAUGAAUUUGGACAGUAUACCCGAAGCCGUGAGACCCCCGCCUGCACGCGACAUGGCCUCCACCUUUCACCUGCCGAGAUCGUCAGACAGCGCUCGAGAGCCCAUAGAGAAUUCGAGCAGCGAGUCGUCAGACACGGAGAUCGCAGAGAGAGAUAGGAGCGCAGAACACAGAAGUAACGACGGGAAUGUGGAGGAGCCGAGCAGGAAGAAGAAGCAGCGGAGACAGAGAACACACUUCACCAGCCAGCAGCUUCAAGAGCUGGAGUCCACGUUUCAGAGGAACCGCUACCCCGACAUGAGUACGCGGGAGGAGAUCGCGGUGUGGACCAGCCUCACCGAGGCCAGGGUUCGGGUCUGGUUUAAGAACCGCAGAGCGAAGUGGAGGAAGCGGGAACGCAACCAGCAGAUGGACCUGUGUAAAAACAGCUACCUUCCGCAGUUCAGCGGGCUCAUGCAGCCCUACGAAGACAUGUACCCAGCCUACACCUACAACAACUGGGCAAACAAGGGCCUGACACCGGCUCCUCUGUCCACGAAAAACUUCACUUUCUUCAACUCUAUGAGCCCGCUGUCCUCCCAGUCCAUGUUCUCAGCCCCCAGCUCAAUCUCGUCCAUGGCCAUGCCGCCCAGCAUGGGCCACACCGCCGUGCCGGGCAUGUCGACGAGCAGUCUGAACAACAACAUCAGCUCUGCAAUGUCUUCGUCCGCCUGCCACUACGCGCCGCCGGGUUCCCCGUACAGCGUGUACAGAGACACGUGUAACUCCAGUCUGGCCAGCCUGAGACUGAAAUCCAAACAGCACCCCUCUUUCGGAUACAGCGGGCUGCAGAGCCCAGGCUCCAGUCUCAAUGCUUGCCAGUAUAACAGCUGACGGACUGGCUGCCAUGAGUUACUGGCGUUUGGAAAUAUAUGGACCAGGUCAUCGCGCAAAAGACAACUAAACUGGAUUCGUUGCAACGUUGUGUUUUUUUUUAAUGGAUGACGCGGGUUGUACGUGUUUACCUAUAAACUUGCACCGCAGUGUUUUAAAUGUCUCCCAUUUUUUUGGACUAGGUUGUGGUGGAAGACUUUAUAAAUGUAAAAAUAAUAAUAAUAAAUAAAUUGUAAAAUUAUACUAGGACCAGAAAA